AGUUUUUACGAAUCAACGGUUAUUAUAUUGUCGCUCGCUGGCUCUUUAACAUUUUUCAGAAUGUCUGGGUAAGUUUUGACAAAAUACAAUUUUGAGUCAUAGACGUUUGAAGCCUCUGUGUUUUUUUCCCUUCGUUUGUUAUCUAUAUUGCAUCUUUCCGAGUUGUUUUGGAGCAAAACAACAUUUAUGGAAUCAAGCAUUAUUUUCAAAUUCAUAUAUCUAAUUCGUGCAUUUGAAAAAUUUUAAGCUGUAGUCUAUAAUCACAUAGUGAAAUGAAAUUUGUAAUAUGAAAUUAUAAACAAUAAAUUACUCUAUUACGGGCCUAUAUAGCAUCGUGCCUACCAGUAUCAAAAACGGCCUAUAUAUAAUGAUAUAAAUACACAUAAACAUUGUUUUUUUUGUCAUUCAUCUUGUUCAUUUUAUAUUUAUUCGAUUACAAAUCAUGAGAAAGAGGCUGUUAGAAAGAAGAUAUUCAUCUCCACUCCCAGAUUUGUAGUAUGUUGUUUCAUGUAAUAUUAAUAAUGAACUAAUGAAAUUAGGAAAUUUACGUCAUUUCUUCAAGAUAUCUAUUCCGCCAUUUUUGUUUGUACUUAUCAAAGCAAGGACUAGAGUUAUCAAUAGAACCAAUUGGGUACAGCAUUCAUACAAUAAAGAGGCUGUGGUUGAUAAACUUGCACUUUAUAAUGACGCAUGAUUUAAGCCUGUAAAUAUAAUAUUCUAUUUGUGCUGUCUUUUAGUUGCCUUCAGGCGGAAAACCUUCGUAAUGUAAAUCUUUUCUUGACUUAUAAUCACUUGAAAUCUUUCGAGAUCUAUAAUUUCAAUUCCAAAAUAAAGGAAUCUCAGCUCAUAUUACUUUUGAAGGUGCAAGUCCGGGACAAAUGGCAGAAGUUAGCUUGACUAGUCCGCCUGGAACCCACAUAGAAUUUAGUGAUGGCUCAAUGCCUUUGGUUAUGAAAACUGCAAGUGGAAGAAUGUCUCCAGUCAGGACUAUGACAAUGAAGGAGUAUGACCAGCAACUAGCUGAACUGAAAAAAGAAAAUUUUAACUUAAAACUACGAAUCUAUUUUCUGGAGCAGAAUAGUAAGAAAGGUGGCGUGCUAGAUUCAGAGCGUGAGAUUAUUGACAUCAAAGUUGAAAAUGAAAGCUUAAAAAAAGAGAUACAAGAUAAAACAGAGAUUUUAAAAAGAGCUAGCUCAGCAAUUGAUACUAUUUCGGCACAACAUCAAAAUGAAAUAACAGAAAUCAAAGAAAAAUUCUCACAUGCUGAAAGAAAAGUUGAAGUUUUAGAAAGAGAAAAUAGAAAAUUAAAUGGAGAGUUGAAAGAUUCUUUAACGUCUUUAGAUGAUAAAGAUAAUCAACUUAAAGAAUCCUUUAGAGAGAUGAGUGACUUAAAGUCUAUCUUGGUCACAAAAAGUGAAUUUAUUGAGAAACUUGAAGAGCAGCUACAAUCGAAUGGUAAUAAUAACAAUAAACUUGACGAAGCCAGUUUUAAAUCAAAAAUUGAAAAACGAAAUACUAUUAUUCAAGAAUUAACAAAGCAACUACGGGUUGACAAGAAGGAAUUGGAGAAGAAGGAGAACGAAAUCAAAGAGUGUAAUGAGAAAAUAGAAGAGCUAAAGUCUAAUUAUGAGAAUAAAGUCAAUAUGGGAGAGAGACGGGAACAAAUUUUACAAACGGAUGAAUUAAAUGGUAAACAGAACUUACUGGAUGAUUCAAAUAAAACAAUCAGCUCGAGGGAUCAUCAGAUUGAAGAGUUUAGUAAGAAUUUAGUGCAAAAAAAUCGUCAACUGGACAGCAUUGAUAACGACGGCCUUAUAAGCAAUCUACGCGAGGAGAUCGAGAGCCUUCGCUCAGACUCGGAGAAACAACAUGAAAAUUAUACAAAAUCCGUUGAAGAAUUGACAACUGAGUUGAAAGCGGUUAAGAAUGAAUUAGAGCAACGAGAUGUAGAUAUCUGUAGGGCCAACGAAAUCUUAGCUGAGACUGAGCAAGCUAUGGAUUGUCUUCGAAUUCAAACAACCAGAGCAGAUAGAGAGAGGGUUAAUGCUGAAGCCCAAUUAGAACAAUUAAGGAAAGAGCUUGACAGUUUAAGAGCAGAAAAUGAAAAUCAAUUAGCCGAACACGAGGCAAUUGUUCAAAAUUUAAAAGCCUCUUUACACCAUAAGCAAAAAGAGUUUCAAGAGGAUGAUAACUACGUGAAGCAAUUAGAAAAUGGAGAAAAAUCAGUUAACUUGAUUGAGAAUUUAAAGAGGCAGCAUUUAAAAGCAAUAAAUGAACUCCGACGGGCUAGCUUUGAGAAAGACGAAGAAUCAAGACGACUUGUACACAAGUUAGAAGCCGAAUUAGAAGAACUAAGAACUGAAUUAAGCGACACUAGGACAGAAGUAAACAGAAAAGAUUUGGAAAUAGAAAAACUCGACAGAAGAUCUAAUUGGGUGGAAGAAAAUAAUCAAGAACAACUUGAAAAGCUUAGAGGUAUUGUUAAGGAGAAAAACACACUUAUUGACACGUUGGUUAAAGCUGCAGGAGAAAAAGAGGCAAUAUUAGAUAGAUUGAGAAAAGAGAGGGUUGAAGGCAUCGACAGUUUCGUUAGACGAGCUCAACAGUUAUCUGAAAACUUAAAAACAGACCGUUUGGACGAAAGAUAA